AUGCUCGAGUACUGCGAGGUGAGCCGCCGCCGCUCCGGUGGCGGGGGCGAGGUGUUGUUCCUGAGGUACGAGGAGAUGCUGCGCGACCUGGCGGCGAACCUGAAGACAACGGUGGAGUUCAUGGGAUGCGGCUUCUCCGAGGAGGAGCUGGCGCGAGGGGUGGUGGAGGAUAUCGUGGAUCUUUGUAGCAUUGAGAAGCUCAGGAACAUGGAGGCCAACAGGGACGGGCGGCGGAACGUGUCGGGCAUCAGGAGCGACGCUUUCUUCCGGAAGGGGGUCGUCGGGGACUGGAGCAACCAUAUGUCGCCGGAGAUGGGGAAGAUGCUGGACGAGAUCGUGGAGGACGUGCUCCAGGGGUCUGGGUUCAGCUUCGCGGGCUCAGCUGCGGCGAGCCACUAA